AGAUUUCUGAUAUUUAUUAAAAUAAGCUAUUAAAUCAUAUGUAAAUUAGAUAUGUCACUACAGAAUGGGCUCAUACACAAAAUAGACAUAAUUUAAAGCUCAAUAGCAGUUGAAGGGAAUGAUGUAAAGUCACAAAACCAUCUGUAAAGUGUUCAUCUAGGUGUUAGGUAUGACGCACACCUUUUAGAUUUUUGAUAUUUAACCCUACAAUGCAUGAAACAAAAAAACCUUCACGAAUGCAUAAAGGCGGUCAAAAUGACCCGUACUGAAUUGAAUGGUUUUCUUCAAAAAGUACAUGUCCUAUUAAUUAAAUAAUUUAUAUAUAUAUAUAUAUUGAGCUUUAAUUUAUGGUAUAUUUUGUGUAUGGGCCCAUUCGGUAGUGAAAUAUGUGGCAAUAUUUACAUAUGAUUUAAUAGUUUAUUUUAAUAAAUAUCAGAAAUAUAAAAGGCGUGCUUCAUACCUGACACCUAGAUGAACACUGUACAGUUGGCCUCAUGACUAUACAUCAUUCCCUUCAAAUGCUAUUGAAGUUAGAAACGUGCAAACCAGUUACUAGAAGUUUUGGCACUGCGUGCAGGUGCCAAGUCCUGCUGGAAAAGGAGAUCAGCACAUCCAUAAAGCUUGUCAGCAGAUGGAAGCAUGAAGUGCUCUAAAAUCUCCUGGUAGAUGCUGCAUCGACUCUUGACUUGAGAAAACACAGUAGACCAACACCAGCAGAUGCCAUGGCACCUCAAAUCAUCACUGACUGUGGAAACUUCACACUGGACUUCAAGCAACUUGGAUUCUGUGCCUCUCCACUCUUCCUCCAGACUCUGGGACCUUGAUUUCCAAAUGAAAUGCAAAAUUUACUUUCAUCUGAAAAGAGAACUGAGCAGCGGUCCAGUUCUUUUUCUCCUUAGCCCAGAAUGAGAGGUUUGUCUGAAGAGUUGUGUACAAUGUUGUUGACAAACAGCUGUGAGAAGUCUGAAGCGGCGCUGAGUUAGCUAGCUAGCUAGCUGCUGUGGCUAACCAUAACUACUUAUAGUGUGUUCUCCAGGUGUUGUGGUGUCCUCAAGAUCAAAGCAAACUAAUAUUCAAGAUCCAUGGCUGUGGGUGAGGAAAGUGAAACCGUGGGCACCCCGCUCCCUCUUCCUGUCCACUUCUCCCACGCCGAGCAGUCUUUCUCCCUGAAGAAGCGUCAUCUCCUGUUCUCCUCGUCCUCUCGCUCCUCAUCGUCCACCUCCCCCUCUCACCUGCUCCCUCCUCGGCCUCCGUCCAAAGGCUGCCCCCCCCUGAGCCGGGUCUUCCCUCAGCGCCGGUCCCAUUGGGCGCCUCUGUCUCAGGCUCUGAUCGAAAACCCGCCACCGCUUUCCAUCUACGACCCGUCCAAGCUGCAGUCCUUCUUCAACCAGUGCUUCGUCAACCUCGGCCUUGUCGGGCACGGUUCAUUCGGAGAGGUUUACAAGGUGCGGAGUGUUGUGGACGGGCGCGAGUAUGCAGUGAAGCGUUCGGCGCAGCGUUUCCGCAGCGACGCGGAGCGAGCGUGCUGCGUUCGCGAGGCUCUGAAUCACGAGCGUCUCCGUCCUCAUCCUCACGUGCUGGGCUUCUACGCCGCCUGGGAGGAGGCCGAGCGGCUCUACAUCCAGACUGAGCUCUGCUGCACGAGUCUGCUGCUGCACGCCGAAACGCAGCCCGCGACCGCAGGUGAGCAGCAUGCAUGGGAUUACCUGUGCGACCUGCUGUUCGCUCUGGGUCACCUACACUCGCAAGGGUUCGCCCAUCUCGACCUCAAACCGGCCAACGUGUUCCUCACCCGCUCCGGCCGACUCAAACUAGGGGACUUCGGUCUGCUGCUGGAGCUGGAGCGAGGGACGGAAAACGAGCGAGUGGCGGCGCGAGGGACGAAGGAGAAACACGAUGCACAGGAAGGAGAUCCGCGCUACAUGGCUCCUGAACUGCUCAGGGGAGACUACGGAGCUGCGGCAGACAUCUUCAGCCUGGGCGUGUCCAUCCUGGAGCUGGCGUGUAGUAUAGAGGUUCCUAAAGGAGGCGAGGGGUGGCAGCAGCUCAGAAAGGGACUUUUACCGUCAGAAUUCACUAACGCCCUGUCCCUGGAGCUGCAGCAUGUAAUCAGGCUGAUGUUAGUUCCAGAUCCCAGAGACAGAGCGACAGCAGAGCAGCUCCUGUCUCUGCCUUCUGUCCGCAAACGGGGGUGGAGACGCCGACUACGCCUCCAUCUCCGAGAGAGCUGGCUGUGUGUACUCGCCCUCGGCCAGUCCCUCUUCUGUGCACUCUUCGGCCUGCUCUCGACUCUAAAUCUUCCCCUGAUCUCUCGCCAUGACCCCCCGGCACCCCAUACACCUCCUCGGGAACCCUGGGACGUCGACGGCGACCUAAGCGCCCUGCAGCGCAGCAGCGCGCUCUCCGACUCGGCCAGCGACGACCCGGUGUUUGUACCAGGACCGCUGGUGUUAGAACACUCCCCUUCUUCAUUCGCACACAGACUCCAGGCCAGAUUCUCAGUGGGAAGCACUUCGACGCCCGCACACACCCCCUCAGACACCUCACACGCGCGCUCGCCCCGUCUCAGUCCGAUCCGCUCGAGUUCCGCAAAACACUCCGAGCGCAGCUUCGAGCCCAAAAACCUGAUCACGCUCUUCGACGAAGCUUCUCUAGAGAGUGAGCCGUAACGAGACAACGCGUCGUGUUUAUUGCUGCAAACGUUCUGAAAAUUUUCGUAAAUUUUCGUACGUUUUCAUCUUUCAUUUACUGUGUGUGUUUUUUUUUUUAAGAGAUUCUGUAUUAUAUUAUAUUAUUACAUGUCGAGAAUGGUGCAGUGCUUUCUAAUGUUGCUGGGUUGUUAUUUUUUUUUAAACUCUGUAAAUGAUCAUCCCUUUUUUUUUUGUGAUGAUCGCGUUAACCCGUGUACAUCAUUUGUUGAUGAAGCUGUCGACGACUAAAGAUCGAAUUGUGUUCA